GGUGGAAGUUGCCAGUCCAGACCUGUCGCUCGCUGAGCAGUGCUCGCAGCUGGCUGCCGGGGAGCUCACGCCGCAGUCGCGGGAAGAAAGAUGUUUCGCAACCAGUAUGAUAACGAUGUUACAGUUUGGAGCCCUCAGGGCCGGAUUCAUCAAAUAGAGUAUGCCAUGGAAGCUGUGAAGCAAGGCUCAGCUACUGUGGGGCUGAAAUCAAAAGUGCAUGCUGUUCUGGUUGCUUUAAAGAGAGCACAGUCUGAGCUAGCAGCUCACCAGAAAAAAAUCCUCUAUGUUGACAACCAUAUUGGCAUCUCAAUUGCUGGCCUUACUGCUGAUGCAAGACUGUUAUGCAAUUUCAUGCGUCAGGAAUGUCUGGAUUCUAGAUUUGUUUUUGAUAGGCCUCUUCCAGUGUCGCGUUUAGUGUCUCUAAUUGGGAGCAAAACCCAAAUACCGACACAGCGUUAUGGCAGAAGACCAUAUGGUGUAGGACUGUUGAUUGCAGGUUAUGAUGAUAUGGGUCCUCAUAUCUUCCAGACCUGUCCCUCUGCUAACUAUUUUGACUGCAAAGCUAUGUCCAUUGGUGCUCGUUCACAAUCGGCUCGAACUUAUUUGGAGAGACGCAUGACUGAGUUUGCUGACUGUAAUCUAAAUGAACUAGUUAAACAUGGUUUGCGUGCCCUGAGAGAGACACUUCCUGCAGAACAAGAUCUGACCACCAAGAACGUGUCUAUUGGAAUUGUUGGCAAAGACAUGGAGUUUACCAUCUAUGAUGAUGAUGAUGUUGCACCAUUCCUAGAAGGUCUUGAGGAAAGACCACAGAGAAAGCCUGCUCCACCUGCUGAUGAGCCUGCAGAAAAAGCAGAAGAACCAAUGGAGCACUAAUUCUGGAUGAGCCUAUCCAUGUGUUGUCAUAUAUGAAACCAUACGGGAAUGUUCAUCCAUAUACUGGUAACCUUUACCCUGAUCCAAAUGCAUAUUAUAAUGAUACAUUGAGAAACUAGCCCUAAAAAGGAUUUGCAGUAUACCUAAAAUGGGAGCCAAGAAGUCAUACUUGGGCACAUUUUCUUUGAAAGGAAAGGUGUAAUCAUUUUUUUUAAAUAGAACAGAACACUGUUUUGUAUGAAGACCCAUAUUCUCUAACUCAUAAGCACAUCUGUAAAGUAAACAUUUUCUUGAAA